UUUAUGCGAGUUUUUGAAUAGAUCAGUCUACCAAAUUCCAAGGGAGAAUAGGGUCUUAUUGUCUUAACUCUGUCGAAGCAUGGAAGCUGAGGAUAUGCCAUCCAGUCUGAGGGAGUGUAUGGAUUGUGAUAAGACAUUCAUGUAUUAGUCUAAGAAGUCUGUCAACUUUUGCACUUUUUUUAUUAUUAUUUUAUUUUAUUGACGUGUCAACAGACACGUCAAGCAAAAACACGGGAUUUCAGUGAAAUAGUCCCCCCUCCCACUUCACGGAACCAUUGACAUAGGCAUUGUGUGUGGGUCAGGUUGUAAUUACCCACGGCUAGGGUUGCUGUGUGGGAGUAGUUUAUCAUGACUUUCACCUGGACAUAAAGCACAGACUCAAUUUGUGGAUAGAGUGGUGCUGUUUCAACAUCAACGUGUCGGGCGCAAACAAGGAUGUUGACGUUGUCCUCCGUAACGUUUUCGGGGUUGGUGCUACUUGGACUAGGAUGGUGUGCGCGGGCGGAGUACAAGCGCGUGUGUUACUACACCAACUGGGCCCAGUACCGGCAAGGCGCAUCAUACGACGUUGACGAUAUCCUACCAGACCUCUGUACUCACAUUAUCUACGCAUUUGCGAAUGUAAAUGAUCUGGACCUGGGCCUCACAGAAUUGAAUGAUGCUCAAAUGUACACAAAGAUAAUUAAUAUGAGGAACGCAAAUCCUGGCCUCAAAGUGCUGAUCGCUAUUGGUGGAUGGAGCGCUGGCACUGCAAAGUUUACUUCAGCUGUUGCCACAGACGCCAAAAUACGAAUGUUUGCGGAUAACACCAUAAAGUUUCUCAGAAAACAUGACUUCGACGGGCUUGAUAUUGACUGGGAAUAUCCAGGCAGUAGAGGAAGUCCCGCGGGGGACAAACAGCGGUUUACCAGGAUGGUACAGAUUUUCCGUGACGAAUUUGAAAAGGAGUCUUAUGACGAGUCACGUGACCGGUUGUUACUCAGCGCAGCUGUGGCUGCCGGUACUUAUUAUUCAGAUAAAGCAUACGAAAUCAACCUUAUAUCACAGAGUUUCGAUUUCAUCAACCUUAUGGCUUACGACCUACAUGGACCCUGGGAAAAUUAUCUUGACCACAACAGUCCACUGUACCCUAUGGCGGGAAACCCAGGAGACAAGUUAACACAGGAUGGUGCUGUCAAGCACUGGCUAGAACAAGGUUGUCCAAAGGAAAAAUUGAUUCUGGGGAUAGCCUUCUACGGCAGGAGUUUCACUUACACUUCCACGACUUCCAUUGGAUCUCCGGCAAGCGGCUCCGGAUCAAAAGGUCAAUACACGGCAGAAGAAGGGAUGCUGUCUUAUUACGAGGUGUGUCUGAAAUUGAAGGAGUCUGGGUGGACGCGGGCAUGGUCGGAUGAUCAAAUGGUGCCCUACGCCUACUCCUCUAGUGACUGGGUCGGCUACGACGACAAGGAGAGUGUAUCCAAGAAGAUGGAGUAUAUUAAAGAAGAAGAACUAGGCGGUGCCAUGGUGUGGUCGUUAGACAUGGACGACUUUGACAACAAGUGUGGGGAAGGGAGAUACCCCCUGAUGACGACUAUAAAGGAUGAACUUCUCAGGGAGGACUCUGACGGAAAUACCGCUCCAAUAACUGACACGGAUGGAAUGAAGCGUGUGUGUUACUACAGCAGCUGGGCAAAGUACCGUUCCGCGCCAAUGGCUCCGUUCUCUCCUGACGUCAUCGAUCCCUUCCUCUGUACUCACAUCAUAUACGCCUCUGCUCAAAUAAAGGACAACGACAUCUACAUGUACGAGGACGACGAUGAUACACUGAUGAAGUUGCGUUAUUUACGUGACACAAACCCGGAUCUAAAGAUCUUGUUGUCCGUCGGAGGCUACGCCCAAGGAACCGACCAAUUCAUUAAAACGGCCUCUACCAAAGAUGGAAUCCUGGAGUUCGCCACGAACGCCGUGCUGUAUCUUCGUUUGCACCACUUUGAUGGACUGGACUUGGACUGGGAGUUUCCAGGGGAUCAGGGAACAUCCCAUAAAGAUCACUUUACUGACCUUGUCAAGGGUAUAAUGGAAGUAUUUAAGGUUGAAGCUGAUGUAGCGGACGGACCGAGACUGCUACUAAGUGCUAGCGUGUCUGCUUUCCCUCCGAUAGUGGACCGCAGCUACGAUGUGCCUAAACUAUCAAUGUAUCUGGACAUGAUUAAUCUGAUGGCGUAUGACAUGCAAGGUACCACCAAUAAUGUGACGAGAUUUAACAGUCCACUGUACGGACACCCGUCGGACACAGGGACAGACGUAUACCGCAAUCAGGACUACGCCAUUCGGCACUGGUUAGAUAAUGGGGCCAGUCCUAGGAAGCUUGUAUUGGGCCUGGCUACAUACGGUCGGACCUUCACCCUGACGAAUACAAACCAGUACAGAGUAGGGGAUCCUGCAACUGGUCCCGGGCUCCCGGGACAAUAUACAAACAAACUCGGACUUCUCGCCUAUUAUGAGAUAUGUAAAAACCUGUAUGACGGAUGGAGCCGCGUUAUGAAUACUGUACAGGGCGUGCCUCUAGCGUGGAACGGAUACCAAUGGGUCGGUUAUGACGACAUGGAGAGCCUCACACUGAAGGCGGACUACGUUAUAAACAAUGGAUUGGGAGGUGCGAUGUUUUGGUUAGACUACGAUGAUUUCGACAACAGCUGUGGAGAAGGUAAUUUCCCACUUAUUAACUCUGUAAAAGGAGUGUUUGAUUCGACGACACCAUCAGUAACAGACACUAAUGCACCACCUGUUGUGACACAAACACCAUCUACGAGCAUGGCGACUACUCGUAAACCAACCACGCAGAGACCAACCACAACCACGCGGAGACCAACCACUACAACGAAGAGACCAACAACAACCACACAGAGACAAACCACCACUGUGAAACCUACCACACAGCAACCAGGAAAUACGGCUUGCACAGCUCCGACUGCAUGCAAUGGCUGGGGUAUUCCGGAUCCAUGCGACCCAAGUCGUUAUUACCAGUGCGGUGCCCAUGGUACGAUGUACCAUAUGCGUUGUAACAGUCCGCUAGUCUGGGACCAAAGUACUUACACUUGUAAUUGGGCAAAACGACGGAGCUUACCUGACGGCAGUAAAAAACAAAGACUUAAUAUUCAGCGGAGAGAACAUCUAUCUCCAAAUACAAUAAAAAGACCGAGGCAGUACCAGCAGCACAUGGAGCGAACAAACGCACUAUCACAGGCCAAGGAGGAACAAAUGGAAGAAGAGAAGGAGGAGAAAUUGAUGAACGAACUGCGUCACCUUCUAAAACUGGUGAAGUCCGAUGCUGAGAAGGAAAACAGCAGAAAGAAAAGAUGAACACCAGAACACCACUUUUGACUACGACAUACAUCCUAAACGAUAUUGAAACGGACCUAAUUAAAAAUAAACGUUUAUAGUUUUAACAGACGCCUUACAUAUUUAUGAGUAAUAAUGUCUAGGUAAUGAUAAAAUAUUAUGUUAACAUGUCAAUGGAAUAAUAAAAAAUGCAUAUUCAAAAAC